CCGGCCGCUUUUAAUAUCUCAAAGACCGAGGGAUGGGGGAUUUUGUAAAUUUAACAUUGUUUAACAACCCCUCCCCCCCAAAAAGUGAAGAAGGUUGAAUUACAACGCAGGCUCUCUCUCCCCCCACCUCCCACUUAAGAAAAGUUGCGAAAACAACGUAGUAACCAUCUCCCCAACCCCCAAGUCUCUUUAUUUUAACGUGGAGGCGUCUAGUUUCUGUAGGAAUGACACACGCCUCGAGUGUUAUACGUAAGGAAUAUAAAACUGCGUGCAUGCAUUGAACCCAAUGUACAUACGCACAGUAACAGAAGCGGACAGAACAGAACGUGCUUCUGUGAACACUCGCUCUGCCUGGCAAUUCUGGAGUCAAAACACUUGACUCUGAUCCUGACCAUUGCUGAGAAGUGCCGAGAGAGAGACAGAGGGGAGCAGAAAAAUCCAUGGAGUUUUCUGCAUUAAACAGAAACUGCGAGAGAUAUAAUUACCCCCUUUUCCAGACAUUCAGUUGAUUGUAUCCGGGAUUUGAGUGAUAUAUCUCGGCAAAAAGCAGCUCGACACCAGAGUGGAGUGGAGCAAAAAUAAAUUGGCGAGAGGAAGAAAAAUCUACUUCCAAGUGAAGCCAUUCGCGUUGGACGCGUAACGGUAUUCAUGCCCGUAACAUCUGGCUGGAUAGUGUGAAUUGAUUUUUUUUUCGCUCUCUCUCGGUCCCUCCUCCCACUUGCAUCGAUAAGACGAGAUUUUGUGCGUGUAUGUGUGUGUGGGGUUAGUGUCCGCGGCACCGGGCUCUCGGCAGUGUGCGUUUGUUCUUCCAAGUGAGGUGGGGGCAAAGAGAGAAAGAGAGACCAAACUGGAAUCGUCAGAGGAGCUGAGCACACUCUGGGCAAAAAAAAGUGAGAGAGAGAGAAAGAGAAACAGAGACGAGAACAGAGGGCUAGCUGGACGGAAUAUGCAGAGAUUGCAGAAUUUCGCCUUUCAGCACAUUGUGCUCACCGGUCAGCAGGACAACUGGGAGCUUGGACCAGGCACCAAGUGCAACUAGAGAGAGUCCGGGUUUUAUGUUUUAUUUUGUGUGCGUGUGGGACGGCGGGUGGGAAGCGGGUGCCCAGCAAACAGAGGAGUGGGGUUCGCAGCCUGAUCGCCAUGGAUUGCAACGCCUGAUUGUGCACUUACUUCAGUAUUUGUAAGCUUUAGUGUGUGUGUAUGUGUGUGUGUGGAGUUUGAAGGGGGAAGGGGGGGUGUUGCUUUUUGCGAUGAUUACUCCUUUUAGGAAACUAGCGGGGCUUCGAAUGGCUCUGUUCUGCCUGCACUGACAGGCAAACCGUCCAGGCCCUGACACGCUGGACUCCGGUGGCACGACGUGGGGGGGAACCUGUGAUAUCGCCUAUUUGAUUUUAUUUGUCAAGACGAUUGCACCCCCCCCCAUCCCCAAACAGAAACUCUUCUUCCCCCGCCCUCCGCUAAGAUCGUUCAUGACAUGAGAUAUGGGAGAUUGCUGUCUGAAAAUGUGGCUGGCGCUGCUUCUGGGGCUGCAGAUUAUCGUGGCUUUAGUUUGGGGCAACACGACCACGGACCUGUGCGAGAAAAUGUGCUCCUGCACCGAGGUGGAAGGCGUGCUGCACAUCGACUGCGAGAGGAGAGGCAUCUCCGACCUGCAGCACUACAGCGCGCCCACAUCCCGCUUCUACCAGCUCUUCCUGCACCGCAACUCGCUGUCCAAACUCUUCCCGAACGAGUUCGCCAACUUCUACAACGCGGUCACCCUGCACCUGGAAAACAACGGCCUGCACGACAUCAUCCCGGGGGCUUUCCUGGGGCUGCAGCUGCUCAAGCGGCUGCACAUCAACAACAACAAGAUCAAGGGCUUCCGCAGGCACACCUUCCUGGGGCUGGACGACAUGGAGUACCUGCAGGCGGACUUCAACCUGCUGCGGGAUAUCGACCCCGGCGCCUUCCGCGACCUCAACGAGCUGGAGGUACUGAUCCUCAACGACAACCUGCUGAGUUCCCUGCCUCCGGACCUCUUCCAGAACGUGCCCAUCACCCACCUGGAUCUGCGGGGCAACCGGCUCAAGACGCUGCCUUACGAUGGCAUCUUGGAGUUGAUCCCCGGGGUGGCGGAGAUUCUGCUGGAGGAUAACCCCUGGGACUGCACUUGUGAUCUGCUGCCCCUUAAAGAAUGGCUAGAACACAUCUCUCAUUCAGCCCUGAUCGGAAGAGUAGUUUGUGAGGCACCUUUGCGAUUACAAGGAAAUGACCUGAAUGAAACAUCUGAGUACGAUUUAUGUCCUUGGAAGAUUGAUAAUGAUCUAAGCCUUGCCGCUCCACCUGCUCAAGGAACUACCGGACUGCCUCCAUCCCCUGCCUUUCAGCAUCCGAGGUCACCAACGUCAGCAUCUGUGCACAAAGGACUGUCGAAGCCACGCGGAAAUUGGCAACAAAAGACAAGACCUUCCGCUAAUGUUGUACCAAACAGUAGCAAUAGCCAUCUUUUAUUAGCUGGAUGCCCCACAGCCUGUAGCUGUUCUAUCAAUAAUCCUGAAUCAGGACUUGAGGUUAACUGCAGGGGCAGUAAGCUUGAGAAUAUGGCUGACCUCCAGCCCAAACCAGUAAAAGCACAGGAACUCUUCCUAAGACAGAAUAACAUAGAAAUCAUUAGGAGAAGUCAUUUCCUGGAUUACAGCAGUUUGACUUUGUUGGAUUUGGGAAAUAAUGCCAUAAAGUUAAUAGAAAACAACACUUUCCUUAAUCUCACUGAUUUACGUUGGCUGUACCUGGAUAACAAUAACUUGGAAACUCUCAUCCCUGAUAUGUUUGCCGGUCUGCAAAAUACAGAGUAUCUGAAUUUGGAGUUCAAUUUAAUUCAGUUAAUCCUACCAGGCACAUUUAAUUCAAUGCCAAAUCUGAGAGAAUUGUUUUUGCAUAACAAUCUUUUGAAGUCUUUGCCUGUUGAUGUGUUUUCUUCCGUCUCCCUCUCCAAGCUAAGUUUACACACUAAUUAUUUUAUGUAUCUCCCAGUUACUGGUGUUUUGGAUCAGCUAACUUCUGUUGUGCAAAUCGACCUUCAUGGAAAUCCUUGGGAUUGUUCAUGUAACAUCAUAGCAUUCAAGCAGUGGGUUGAGAGGAUGGGCACUGAUGUUGUUGUGAGCGAAUUAAAAUGUGCAUCUCCCGAGCAAUUUUGGGACAGAGAUAUAAAGUCUAUAAGCAAUGAGCUGAUGUGCCCGGAGUUGUACGCAAAAAUUCAUCUAACAUUUUCCUCAUCAAGUAACAUUACCAUAUCAACAGAGACAGGGACUCACGUGAAUCCCUAUUUGGAGACUAGCAGAGUUUCAAUUUCAGUACUGGUACCUGGCCUUUUACUUGUCUUUGUUACGUCUGCCUUUACAGUUGUUGGCAUGCUGGUGUUUAUCUUGAGAAAUCGUAAGAGAUCAAGAAAACGGGAAAACAACUCUUCUGCUUCAGAAAUUAACUCCUUGCAAACAGUGUGUGAUUCUUAUUGGCACAAUGGGCCUUACCACGCAGAGGGACCUCACAGAGUGUACGAUUGUGUUACACAUUCCCUUUCAGACUAGGCUUCUUAAAUUUCAAAUGCUGAAAAUAUAGUGUAUAAUUUUAAACAGCGUAUUAUGUGGAGAUGAGGUCUUGACAUUGAGGGUUAAGCUCAUGAUGUAAAUAAUGAUGCUGUAGGCUUCUGCUAAAAUUCUGCAACAGAAUGUUGAACUCGGCUUUCUAAUGAGAAAUAGAAAGUAGACAUACUAAGAAAAUACAAACAACUCUUAGAACUAACAAUUUUUCUCCUGCUGUGAAACAUACAUUUAUUUCUGAAGAAAGCACAGACAAUAAUGUGCUUUUCACUGCUCUUUUCAUGUUGAUAUUCCGAAUGUAAAUGACAAAUUAAUCAGUUGUAUAAAAAAAUCAAAAUGAUUUGUUGCGGUUUGGAGGUAUGGAAGAUUGUAAAAAAAAUACAAAAAAGGGGAAAUAGAUUUCAGCAUUUAGGUUUUAUGGUUGUAAAGUUGCACGAACGCAUGAAUGUAUUGUACAGAACUGUCUAAUUAGAAUCAAGUGAUGCAUGUCAUGCAUGAACUCAACGCCACAGGGAUACACCAUAUAGCUAGAGGAAAUAGCUAUUACUAUGCUCCAUUCAUGAGUACUAAUUGUAUUCUAUGAAGCCAUGGAUCCAGUAUUGAACUCUUGUUUAUUUUUCCCGUGAUUAUAAAUUGUGCAGUUUGUGCUAUUAUUGCUUAGAUAAGGUGUAAGCUGCAAAUUCAUCUUGUUUUAGACCAUAUUUGUUUGUGCAUGGUUAGUAACUAUUUAUUUUAUAUUACAAAUUUCUCCAUGUUUUUUGGUGUUAUUUUGUAUUUGCUAUUGCCUAUUUCCAUCUAAAUUUCAGAGCAGUUACUAUGUUUUGUACCGUGCUAUAGGAGUUAAAAUGGCCAAUGGAAUUUUUUUUUUAAAUUUUGGGAAUAAAUAUAUAAAGUACACAUAAGCAUGCCCAAUUUAUGUCACUCAGUUGCUCAAGCUACAUCAGUGAUAUGAUGUAACCUGUUCAAGUCAUCAUUAUGUAACAUAAUAAAACAGAGCAAGCUAUGAAGAUGGCACUUAGAAGACAUUUAAUAGGAUUAUUUUAGAGAUUUAUAAUGGUAAAUUUUUCAACAUUAAAAUGACUGGUUUAAUCUGAA